CACCGAUUAAAAGAGGGUGGGAGGGAGCAACUGACGGGCUCAAAUGACAGUGGGCAGUUGAACGGCAGCCAGAGCCUGAAGAAACCAACGCCAGGGAGGAGGAAAAGCAGCAGAAGGUUCGGAAUCGGUCUCCUAAGUCUGGCAAGAUGGGUGACUGGAGCUUCCUGGGGGAGUUCCUGGAGGAGGUGCACAAGCACUCCACGGUCAUUGGCAAGGUCUGGCUCACCGUCCUGUUCAUUUUCCGAAUGCUGGUCCUGGGCACCGCUGCUGAGUCCUCCUGGGGAGAUGAGCAGGCUGAUUUCCGGUGUGAUACCAUUCAGCCUGGUUGCCAGAAUGUCUGCUACGACCAAGCCUUCCCCAUCUCCCACAUUCGCUACUGGGUACUGCAGAUCAUCUUUGUGUCCACGCCUUCUCUGGUCUACAUGGGCCAUGCCAUGCACACAGUGCGCAUGCAGGAAAAGCAGAAGCUGCGGGAUGCGGAGAAAGCCAAAGAGGCCCGCGGCCCUGGGUCCUAUGAGUACCCGGUGGCCGAGAAGGCAGAGCUGUCCUGCUGGAAGGAAGUGGAUGGGAAGAUUGUCCUCCAGGGCACUCUGCUCAACACCUAUGUCUGCACCAUUCUGAUCCGUACCACCAUGGAAGUGGCCUUCAUCGUGGGCCAGUACCUCCUGUAUGGGAUCUUCCUGGAUACCCUGCACGUGUGCCGCAGGAGCCCCUGUCCUCACCCAGUCAAUUGUUAUGUUUCAAGGCCCACAGAGAAGAAUGUCUUCAUUGUCUUUAUGCUGGCUGUGGCUGCACUGUCUCUCUUUCUCAGCCUGGCUGAGCUCUACCACCUGGGCUGGAAGAAGAUCCGACAGCGCUUCGUCAAGUCCCGGCAAGGUAUGGAUAAGCAGCAGCUUCUUGGUCCCUCCACCAGCCUGGUCCAGAGCCUCACUCCUCCCCCUGACUUCCAUCAGUGUCUGAAGAACAGGCCAGGCGAGAAGUACUUAAGUGACUUCAGUAAUAAUAUGGGCUCCCGGAAGAAUCCAGACACUCUGGCUACCGAGGAAGUGCCAGAUCAGGAGCUUAUUUCCAGAGAGGGUUUCAUCCACAUGCAGUACGGCCAGAAGCCCGAGGAACACAAUGGAGCCUCUCCGGGCCACCGCCUUCCUCCUGGCUACCAUAGUGACAAGCGCCGCCUUAGCAAGGCCAGCAGCAAAGCAAGGUCAGAUGACCUAUCAGUGUGACCGUCUGAGGGAGCCUCAGUCCCAGAAGGGAUCUCGGGACGCUGCGACAGGGAGAAUCAGUCUCUCACAACAGUAUAUUCUUCUCUCAGCCCUGCUGGGCUCCUUCCGGUCCGGGUCUGGAUGGCAUUGCUCAUCAAUUCUCAAAAUUACAGUUUGAGGGUGUUCUCAAGGACAGGGCUACUCCUCAGAUCCCGUCCCUCCUCAUCCUCUCCCCGUACACACAGGGAAGCCUUUCACUUGACUUAUUGAAUAGGAUGAAGGCAGGGAUGGGAGUCAUGGCAAAAUCUGGCCUGGAAGGACAGACACGAGGAUUCAACACCAGCAGCAUACCAGAUAAAACCCCCCACGUCUUGGCUUCUUUGGUACUAUGCCCAUCUUUUUUGGGGGGGAGGGGUGAGUCCAAGGUUCUCAGCCAAUUCAGAGUAUUCAUCAAGUAGUUUACAUUAUAUCAUUCCCUCGAAUCUGUUGUUUCCAUGGAGUGGUGGCGAGCUGGUUGUGGACUGCCCUUGGCUACAUCUCCCUCCUCCCAAUCAUAAGGAGGCACCCUUGGGUCUUGGCCAGCAUCUGCCUUACAAGUGCCUUGUUUUGUGCCUUUGGCAAACAUCUCACGUUACUGAUGUUAUAGCCUUUCUGCCAGGAGAGUCACACGGCUCAUAAGGGUACCAAGACCUCCAGGGAGUCACUGUGCACACCAAAGUAUCCCUGGAAGUGUCACCGCCUGCCAUCCUGCAGUCCCUUAAGUUCAACCUUAUGAUAGAAACCAUCCUUGCCUACCUCCUUGGCAGUUCACCCAGCAUUCCUCCACAAUCUUCAGAAACGGGAAUGUCCAAGAAGCCACCAUCCUCUCUUGAAUCCUGGCCAGUUUACCAGCCACCAAGUUCAGUGGAAUUUCCCCAGGAUUUGGCGAAACAAAGAGAGCAUUGUGCUUCUCAGGUUCUCCUGGGAAAAUACAACUCUGCUGUGAAGAUGAAAUUUUUUUUUAAAUGAGAGAAGACACUGGAAAACCAUUUUCUCUCCUAUGUACGUCUUCCACUGCCUGAAUGUCAAGAAGAGGCAGGUAAUAGCGACCACAGCCCCAGAUCUCUCUCUUAGAAGAAUCAAGGGCACAUGGAAGAAGGAGGCGAUCUCCAGUUGUUUUGGACAAGGCCCUUAUAUAAAUUCCCAUGUUUCCUAGGUAUCCCUAGGAAGAUUACCAGGGGAGGAGUGCAGAAAAGCUCUGCCUUCCUCAGGGACUAGGUGUCUCCCAUUUUUUUUAUGCAGAUGAAAGAUGCUCAGAAUCAGAUACCAAGACUCAUAGAUACAUUGCUACAUGAAAAUAGAUCUUUGUGUGCGCAUGCUCAUCCAUGUGUGUGUAUGUACAUAUGUGUGUGCAUAUGUGUGUGUGCAUAUGCAUGUGUGUGUGUGUGUGUGUGUGUGUGUGUGCGUGCCGAUAGAAUGGUGAGGAAAAGUCCUAAAGAACGGUAAAGAGAUGUGUAGAGAAACUUGGGUCUCCCUGCCUGCUUUUCAGUUGUCUGGCAGAAAGGCAGAGCUUGCAUCAGGCUAAGGGACAGGUGUGAGAAGUCAGUACAGGAGGGUGAAGGCUCAGAGGUCAGUCUCUGCCCCCACCUGUCUCUGGGCCCCUCUGCUGGCAUUUGGAUGCUACUGAUGGGUAGAAAGAAAGGCUUGGGAGCGAAGUGACAGGUACUCGGGAAAGCAUGACGGCUGUUCCAGCCCCCAACACAUUUCAUCCAUUACCCGGCACUGACAUUACCACUCUCUGUUCUUCUAGUUAUAAGAUGUGUUUGCUUUCUGAAAUGAGUGUUUUUGAAUUUGAAAAUCUGAGACCAGCCUUUAAUAGUGAGGUUUUCAGAAGGGAAAAAGGAAAUGAUAUAUGUAACAUGUUUUAAAUAAAAAUCUGCUUCUACACGUUAA